CGCUGAUAAACUCAAAGAGAAAGAAACAAGAGUGUGGCUGAAAAGUAAGAGAAGCCACACGUUUAACAGAAGAAUUUGAUGCAAGUGGGGAAAUCUUUAUUCACUUGUUUGAUAACAGAAGAUGUCUUCACUCCUCAAGGUGGACAGUGAAAUUAAAACCAAGGUUGAUGCUUUCAGGGAACGUAUCACAGCUGAAGCGGAGGAUUUAGUUGCAAAUUUUUUCCCUAAGAAGUUACUGGAGCUUGAUCAUUUCCUAAAGGACCCCAGCAUAAACAUCGCUGAGCUGAAAGAGAUCCACUCAGAGAUUAGCCUGACCGUACCGGACCCCAUCUUGCUCUCAAACCUCCACGACGGAUUGGAAGGGCAAAAUGCCAAGAAGAGAAAGCUGGAAGAUGGAAGUGGGGAUGACGUGGUAACCGGCACAAAAGUCUUCGUCAUGCCAGGUGGGAUGAUGAAGUGCAAUGGAAACCUUGUUGAGCUCAUCGAAAAGGUCAAGCCAGAGAUCAGGACGCUCAUAGAGAAAUGCAACACAGUCAAAAUGUGGGUCCAGCUCCUCAUUCCCCGGAUAGAAGAUGGCAACAACUUCGGAGUGUCGAUCCAGGAGGAGACGGUAGCUGAGCUGAGAACAGUUGAAGGGGAGGCGGCGUCUUAUCUCGACCAGAUAUCGAGAUACUACAUCACAAGGGCAAAGCUGGUUUCGAAAAUAGCUAAAUAUCCACAUGUGGAGGACUAUCGGCGUACAGUUACAGAAAUUGACGAGAAGGAGUACAUCAGUCUGAAGAUCAUAGUUUCAGAGCUCAGGAAUCAAUAUGUAACUUUACAUGACAUGAUCCUGAAGAACAUAGAGAAGAUCAAGAGGCCUCGAAGCAGUAACACCGACGCAUUGUACUGAUGAUGUUCAUCCAGCCAAUUCAGCCUCUGCCCCUGGUUCCCCUCUAGUGUUGGUUCGUCUGCAGGACUACAGCUAGACAUUCAUCAACUUCAAAACAAUCAACCCAUCCCUGUAUGACUUGAAAGCUUCGUAGAUGGACACAUACUCCUAUUGUUCAGUUUUACAUUGUAAUUUUUUUUGUUUGCCUAUCUUAAACCCUUUAAAAAAUUUCCCUCAGAAAAUGAGCAAAUGAAUCACAUAGCGAUGUGUAUUUUUCAAUUUUAAUUAAACAUUUUGUCUUCAGAAUCCUGUGACAUUUCUUUUUUGUUGCCCUCAAAUACACAGCAGUGCUUUGUGGCUUGUUUUUAUUUUGUCAUCUUCAAUUUCAUCGUCUAAAGUUCGAUCAUUUAUAGGAAAUGCAACACAUAAGCUGGUUUUCUUGCUCUGAAUGUAAAAGAUUAUACCUUGUAGUUGUGACUGAAAAAUUAGAAUAAGUUCUAGAUUCAUGGGCUUGAUGGUUUUCAGUGAAAAUGCAUAACUCACCAGAGCAUCUCAUGUUGGGGCUUUGAUUCUGUUAAAUAAAAUGCAUUUUGAUAACA